GGGGCCCCGCGGGCCGGAUAGAACGGCCUGGUGGGCCGCUUCCAGCCCCCGGGCCGCAUUUUGCCCACCCCUACACUAACCUAAAAAGUAAUCUGAACCUUUCCCCCUGCUCUCCUAGUUGGAAAGACAUUGGGUGAGUGAGUGUGAAUGCGUUCUCUUUUCAAUCCACUAAGAGAAACAGAAUAAAGCCAGACUCGGGCUCAACUGUAAAUCCAUCCAUUUCAAUGUGAUUUACAUACUAAUACAGUUUAGGCCUAUAUGCCCUGCUCAGUGACCAUGAGGACAGACAUAGAAGUCAGCAGAACUAUGCAAACGUAAAAGGCACAAGGCUUUUUGCCUCUUCUCGCCUCUGGAUUAUGUCGAUGCUCUAAGGAUCAGCAGGCAGCCCUGUACAUCACCUUGUUACUAUUGUUAUAUUGCUAGUAGAGGCAACCCCCGCUUAGUGCUCUUAAUCGGUUUCUGAAAAACCAAGCAAUAAGCGAAACGGGCAUUAAGGAAAACCGAAGGUAUUUGACGGCCCAAAAUGGUGACUGCAAGUGUUUUUAAUGACCCAAGAUGGAAUUGGCAAGCAUUAUAGCGAAACUUGCGGAACACUAAGUGAAAUCAGGUAUCAAUUUAAAAUGAGCAUUAUAGCAAAAUAGCGGUAAGCGAAACAGUCUUAAGCGGGGGUUGCCCGUAGUGAUGUAUGUUGGAGUAGUAGUGCCUGAAGGCUCCAAUCAGAGUUCCAGUGUGUUAGGAGCUGUUCCCCACUCUUCUCCCCAACUAGUUCCUGGCAAGAAUUAAUCUUGUUCCAAUCAUGAACAGAUACCAAGCAUGGAAAUUUAUCCGGAAAAAAAUCCUGAAAGUGUGAAACAGGCAAUAUUUUGCACUCUUGCCAAGAUCAUUCACCAACUAGAAUAAUAAGAUAGAAUACUAUCUCCCUUAUUAGAAAGACUGGAAUAUUAGUCCAGUAAAACCACAGAGAAAAAUUCUUCGUUAAGGGUAAGAUAAAGGCUUCUUUUCUUUGUUUUUAGUGGCAGCCCAUUCUGAUAUAUGGCAAGAGCUUUUGGAAAACCGUAAAAGGAGUAUCAGGAAGCCUACACCGGAGCUCUUUAAUGACUCAGAUUUGCCACUUCAGUCAAACCCGGAAUUAAUAAAUCUCUGUUUGAAAAGAGCAGUAUUGGGGAAUCUAAUGGCAAAUCCAAAUAAGGAGAAUAUACAUGAACAAGAACACAAAACUAUAAAUGAAAAUCGCUAGCCAGUUGUAUAGAAAGGUGUACCUUAAAAGCAGCAUGAACCAUCAAUCUGUCAGCGAGCAUAAUUAAUUUCUUCUCUGAGUUCUUGUACAUCUGUUGCUUCUCAGGCAACCAGGAACAAUUAAAAAAGCUUACUGCCAUUACUACCAUUAAAAAAAUGGUAGAGAGAGAGUGGGAAAAACACCACAGAGGAAAGAUUGUCUUAGUUAUGCAGGAGAAAAGGCAAAGUAACUCCAGUGAAACCAUGGGAGCUAUUGUGCAUUAACAUCUGUGUAUGAUUAGCAUAUGGCUCUUAAAAUAUUGGUUGACAUAAGCAUUACUGAUUAUAAUUGUUACGCUGAGAUUGUAAACCUGGAUGAAAUAAAUGUUCACUCACGGACAAUUUUUUUUUAAAAUCAGAGUCAGGGCUUUGGAUAGAUUCUGCUAAUGCACGGUUAUAAAAGUAAAACCAGUUUUCUCUCAUCUCUAGGAAUUUUGUAGCAUCAGUUUUCAGUAAAACUUAGAAACAGAGAAAAAUAGGCCUCAAGAAACCAUCUAAUGCAUGCUCCUGCCCAACUCAAGGUCAUCCUUGUCUCAACUAUCCCAGACAAAUGUUUGUCUAACGUGCACUUAAAAAGUUCCAGUGAUGGAGUCUCCAUAAUCUCGCUAGAGAUUACUGCAGUUAUAGACAUGUCACUGAACAGCUGCAUCUAGGUUUCACAUUGGGCUUUUCAUCCUGUGAAGCAUAGUUAUGGAACACAAUGCAGGUCCAAUAGCAUGAAGGACAGUUGGUGUUUGACCUGAAUUCAACUCCAAUCCCGAUGUCACACUGCAAAUCUAUAGUUGCUUGAAGAUGAGACUAGAAGGCUUGGCAUGUGGUUAUCUUAAGAAUGGCAGGUCAGCCAUAUGCUAAUACAAAGAUUAUCCAACAAGUACCCUCAGGAACAAAUCCUCCAUCAUUCAUUAACUUGCUGAAAAUACAUCGAGAACAUUUGGUCACCAGUAUCCGAAACACCCAGUGUUUGAUUGACAACUUGAUUAAGAAUGAAUACUUCUCAAAUGAAGACGCUGAGAUUGCUGCACAGUUUCCAACUCAAACAGAUAAGGUUCGUAAAAUUCUGGAUCUGGUUCAAAGCAAGGGAGAAGAAGUUUCAGAAUACUUUGUCUAUACCCUGCAGAAAGUCACUGAUGCUUAUCAUGAGCUUCAGCCCUGGUUGGAUGAAAUAAGAUUUCAGCCUUCUGAGCAUAUUCAGAGUAAAUUGGUUGUAAAUACAGAUCCAGUUAGCAGGUACCGUCAGAAACUCAAGUAUGAAUUGGGAAGAGACACAAAGUUUGUCAUGUCAUAUGCUCAGAAGGAGGAGAUGCUGCUUGAGGAAAUCUACUCUGAUAAUAUCAUGGAACUGGUCAGUUAUGCCAAUGAGAGUCUUGGCAAUGUGAACUGCUUAGAAGCCCUGUUUGAUGAUAGAACUGGGCUGAUUAAUGAAGAUGGAGAGACCAUCUGUGUCUUUGGUGAUGCAGGAAUUGGAAAAUCCAUUUUGCUGCAAAAAGUGCAAAAUCUUUGGGCCCGAGGAGAGUUGGAUGUAGGUGCCAAAUAUUUUUUCCGGUUCCGGUGCAGGAUGUUUAGCUGCUUUAAGGAGAAUGAAACCAUCAGUCUGAAAGAUCUUCUGUUCAAAUACAACUGUUACCCAGACCAGGACCAAGAGGAGGUAUUCAGCCACAUCCUUCAGUUCCCUCACACAGUCCUCUUCACAUUUGAUGGGUUUGAUGAGAUCUAUUCUGACUUUGACGUAAACAGCGUUCCUGAGAUCUGCUCACCCAGCGAACCUAUCCACCCACUCACCCUGUUGGUGAGUCUUCUUAGAGGAAAACUUUUGAAAGGAUCAAGGAAAGUUCUCACAGCAAGGACUGGGACUGAGGUCCAUCAAAACAUUAUUAGGAAGAAAGUAUUGCUCCGAGGCUUCUCCAGCAACAACCUGAAGGCAUACACUAAGAUGUUUUUCAAAGAUGAGGGGUGCCAAACAUUGGUACUGAAUCAUCUAGAAGCUAACCCCAGUCUCUGUAGUUUGUGUUCAGUACCUUUGUUUUGUUGGAUUAUCUUUAAAUGCUAUGAACAUUUGCAUUCCAUGUUUGACAUCCAUGAGUUUCCAGAUUACUCUGUUACGUUGACGGACGUGUUUUUGCUCAUGACUGAAGUCCACUUGAACCGAACUCUGAAAACAGAUUUGCUGAAGAAGAACACCAGGAGCCAAGUGGAGACAUUCAAGUCAAAAAAAGAAACCCUGCUGUCUUUGGGUAGAAUAGCCCAUCGGGGAAUGGAGAAAUCUCUCUUUGUUUUUGAGCAUGAGGAGGUCAUGGCUGUGAAUGUAUUGGAAGAGGAUUUGCAUUUGGGAUUCCUCAGGACAGUUCACAGCUAUGGAGGCUGUGGAGACCAGUCCUCUUAUGAGUUCCUGCACUUGACCCUCCAGUCUUUUUUCACAGCUUUUUUCCUAAUCACUGAAGAGAAAGUGGGUACAAAAGAGUUACUGAAAUUUUUUAAUGAGUGCUCCACCCUCGAGACUACCCAAUUUACCUGCCUCCCUAUUCCAUGGUUCAAUAAUCGGCCAAUAGGAGAAGAUCCUUUCCGAAACAAUGAACACUUUCACUUCACCAACCUUUUCCUCUGUGGUCUGCUUUCCAAAGCUAGACAGAAGCUCUUGAGACAUUUAGUCUCACCUAUGGCCAUUAAGAGGAAAAGAAAUGCUCUUUUAACAUAUCUCUCAGGAAGCAUGAAAUCUCAUAUGAAGGGCCUGACGCGAUCAAGGCUUGCAAACUAUAAGCAAGUUCAGGUUACACCCAAUUUUGUUUGGAUGCUGCGGUGCAUUUAUGAGACUCAAAGUGAAAAAGUGGGGAAGCUGGCUGCAAAAGACAUGCGGGCCAAUUACAUCAAACUCACUUACUGCAAUGCCUAUUCAGCUGACUGCAGUGCCAUUUCCUUCAUUGUGCAUCAUUUCCACAAGCAUCUAGCUCUCGAUCUAGACAACAACAACAUCAAUGACUAUGGAGUUAGACAACUGCUCCCUUGCUUUAGCAAGCUUGGGGUGAUCAGGCUGAGUGUUAAUCAGAUCACGGAUCAUGGAGUAAGAGUGCUGUACGAAGAACUCUCCAAGUACAAAAUUGUGUCUUUCUUGGGCCUGUACAAGAACCAAAUUACAGACGUUGGAGCCAAAUAUGUUGCAAAACUCAUUGAAGAAUGCCCAAGCCUCACAUACGUUAAAAUAGGAGCAAACAAAAUAACCACUGAAGGAGGGAAAAGUCUUGCCCUUGCUAUCCAGAAGAGCAAAACGAUGUUUGAAAUCGGAAUGUGGGGCAAUCAAAUUGGAGAUGAAGGAGCUAAAGCUUUUGCUGAUGCACUGAGGAAUCAUCCUACCUUAACAAACGUGAGUCUUGCAUUCAAUGGCAUUACAACCAAGGGAGGCAAAAGCAUUGCUGAAGCUAUGCAGCACAACAACACUGUGAGGAUAUUUUGGUUGACUAAAAAUGAGUUGGAUGACGAGGCUGCAGAGAGCUUUGCAGAGAUGCUGAAAGUCAACAAGAAGCUAGUGCAUUUAUGGCUUAUCCAGAAUCGAAUUACAGUCAAAGGGGCCCAGUAUCUCUGUGAAGCUCUCCAGGAGAACACUGCCAUUAAAGAGAUCUGUUUAAAUGGGAACCUGAUAAACCCGGAAGAGGCCAAAGCCUUUGAAAAUGAAGAGCGGAUUGUUUGCUUUUGAGCGACCACCUUCCAGUUUGGACAAGCUCAGUGUUACAAAUGCUGCUUCAGCCCUUGGACAGUAGAGCUCAUAUGGCCUCUAUCUGUACUGGGGGCAAGUGUUGAGCUGCAACCUAGGAAAGAGAGAUGUGCGAUUCACUGGCUUCCUGUGAACACACUGUGCUUCCCCCCACCAGCCCCCACUGAAGUGCCUGCCUAUUACUCUAUACUUCUGCUGAGUGCAAAGUUGCCUUAAUUACUAAUGAAUGCAUGGUGUUUGAAGAGAAAAUGCUAAGUGUUAUCAACCCCCCACCCACUGGCAGAUCUCUGUAUAUUGAUAAAUAGAUGUAUUCUGUACACAGUUGUAAAUAACACUAACUUAUUUAUAUUUAUAUACACAAUAAAGGGAGAAGGAGCUUGUGGAAAAUCCAAAAGCUCACAAGCUUUCUACUCACUGUCACUAAAAUAA